UGUCCGUUGGUGCACCUGUGUCACCUCUGCCCGACAGCGUGAGUGUGUACGGUGCUUAAGACUUAGACUGUGAGUGCUACGGUGCUACGUGUCGUAGAGGCUGUUAAAAGCUCAACUAGGCAUAUGACUCGGUGAGGCACGGCGAGCAACAGCCAGCAGCACAGCGCUAGAAGAUGAAGCCGCGGGGGGCGAGCGUGAUGCACGCCUUCACUGCUCUCACCAUGCUCACCAUGGCCAAUGCCCAAACCACGUGUAAUCAAGGCAUGGGACGUGUGAUGUACGAAAGACUACCAAAUCAACAGCUGCACGGAUUCGACGAUGAUGUUGUUCGAGAAACUGCACCGCCAUUCCGUGUUUUGGAGAAGUGCCAGGACCUCUGCUUGAGAGAUCGUUCGGUCAACAGCUUAGUGAGAACUUGCAAUUCCAUUGAUUUCCAACCUGGGGCCCGUAUUGCUGCGUUCAGUCCCGAACCAGAGUACGAAGAAUCUACAUGCUAUUUGACUCGAGAGCAAGCUAUGCCGGAAGGAAUCGGAACUUUGAUGAUUGUACCCAACAGCGUUCAUUUCAACGAGAUAUGUCUUACGUCUAACCGCCCGGAACGUGAAUGCCCAUCGCGUCGCUAUGUCUUCGAACGACACGCAAGAAAACGUCUGAAGCUUCCACCUUCAGAUCUCAAGGAGAUAAUGGUCGCCAACCGAACUGAAUGCGAGGACAAAUGUCUGGGCGAGUUCAGCUUUGUUUGUCGUUCAGCUACUUAUGACUCCGCGUUGAGGACAUGUUCUUUGAGUCGCUUUACUAGAAGGACGCAUCCGGAGUUACUUGAAGAUGAUCAUAAUGCUGAUUAUUUGGAAAAUACCUGUUUGAAUGCUGAGAGAAGAUGCGACGGUUUGGCUGUUUUUAUCAAAGAGGAAAACAAACGGUUAGGAGGUCCUUUUGAAGCUGACGUUUUUUCAAAUAUGACUUUGGAUGAGUGCCAAGCCAUGUGCGUGCGCGCGGAAAAGUAUUUCUGCCGGUCUAUCGAGCACGAUGCAAUGACACGUCAGUGCGUUUUGUCCGAAGAGGAUUCUGUAUCUCAAAAAGACGACGUGACAGUCAGCGCGUCACCCACUCAUCACUUUUAUGACCUCGUCUGUCUAGACAAUCCUCGCGGCACGGAGUACCCGGACAACAGCGUGACCUCGCACCUGUUCUCUCCGGGUCGGCGGCCGGACACGGCCUUCCAGCGGUACCGGAACAGCAGGCUCACCGGAGAGUUCCAUUCGGAGAUAACCGGACGCUCCCUGAGCGAAUGCCUCGACGAAUGUCUGCGGCAAACUAGUUUUCAAUGCAGAUCAGCGGUAUACAGCGAUAGAGCAAGAACUUGCCGUCUCAGCCGAUAUAAUCAAAAGGACGGCAUGAGGCUACUUUAUGACCCAGACUUUGAUUACUAUGAAAAUUUGAUGCGUGGUAGCGGCGGAGGCGAGAGAGACAGAGACAGGGAUAGAUACCCAGCAGGCGCAGACCGCUACCCUGAUGAUGACAGAUACGACGACGACCGCUACAGCGGCCGGCCAGACCGGUACCCACCGCCCGACGACCGGUACCCGGCUGGUCCCGACCUAUAUCCCGACAGAUAUCCCGUAGACCGUUACCCUAGCGACCGCUACCCUGAUGACAGAUAUCCUCCCGGCGUCGGUCUUGAUCGCUACCCUGCCGACAGAUAUCCCGCAGGAAACAGAUUCCCUGGUGGUGGAGAUCGAUACCCUCUUGACAGCGGACGAUAUCCACUCUACGACUACCCUUCCAAUGAUAUUGGACGUUACCCAGCUCCUGAUCGAUAUCCUAUCAGCAGAUACCCCAUCGACGUAUAUCCUGAUAGGUAUCCCGUAGACAGAUAUCCGGAGAGAAUCCCCAUUCACGGAGGCGGAAGAUAUCCUUCGCGUCCCUGGUAUCCCAGCCGCUAUCCAGACAGAUACGAUCAGGACCGCUAUCCUGGCACUGGUGACUGGGGUCGUUACCCCUCUAGUCGGUACCCAGUCGGAGUAAACAGAGACCCGGUACCGCUGGGUGGUGAUCGCUAUCCCGACUUGUACGACAAAUAUCCGCCGACCGGAUCAUCUUUCCCCGGUUAUGGCCGUGGAGGUUAUUACGGUGGAGACUAUCCAGGGCCUGAUCGUUUUCCAGUUCCGGAAAGAGGACAACGCCCAGUACCAGAUAGGUUCCCGCCUCCUGUGGAGCCAAGGCCCAUCUUUGGUUUAAGACGACCAAUUGACAGACCUGGAGGUUAUCGUGGUAGCUAUCCACCACCUGGUUUAGAGCGUCCCAUUGAGCGGCCAGUAGGCCCUGCUGUAUUUGGUGGUUUUGGUCACGACGAACCUAUUGGGCCGGCACCUGCGCCUGUAGGGCCUAUAGGACCAGGAGGUCCUAUACACGGUGGUCCGAUCGGAGGACCCAUUGGUGGUCCUGUAGGUAGACCUCCUCCGGGAGGAUACAGACCGUGGCAGGGAUCUCGAUGUGAAGAAGAUAGUUUUAGACAGGUUGGCAGACAACGCAUGCAAAGAAGAUUUGUUCGUCGAUUCACUACUGCUCACUCUUUAGCACAUUGCCAAAGGGAGUGCAUAGAAGCCAGAGAUUUUAUUUGCCGGGCAUUCAACUUUAGAGACCUAGCAUUUGGAGAACCACGAGACAAUUGCGAGCUCAGUGAUCGUGACACCCGAGAGUUAGAUGCCGCUAAUCCUGCGCACUUUGACAAUACUGCUAACGAUUAUGAUUUCUAUGAACGAGCUCUGGGACGUUUAGCUGACGACUGUCUUGAUGUGUCGCAGGUAUGCAAUGAAGAUGGAAUGGAGUUUACUUUGCGGCUACCAGAAGGAUUCUACGGACGUAUGUACACAUACGGCUUCUAUGAUCGUUGCUUCUUCCGAGGGAAUGGUGGUACUGUCAACGCGCUUCGUAUAAGUGGAGCUCAUGGGUAUCCCGAGUGCGGAACUCAAAGAUACGGCGAUACCAUGACCAACAUCGUCGUAGUUCAGUUUAGCGACAACGUGCAAACUUCUCGGGAUAAGCGUUUCAAUCUAACGUGCCUGUUUAGAGGACCCGCUGAAGCUGUUGUCACUUCUAAUUACAUAGGAGCCGGGUCGGGCAGUCCAAUUCCAAUCGAGUAUCUACCAGAGGAAAGUUCUCUCAACUCGAAAGUGCGGCUGAUGAUAUUGUACCAGGGCAGGCCAACGACUACCAUAGCCGUUGGAGAUCCGCUCACAUUCAGGUUGGAAGCGCAGGAUGGAUAUAACUAUGCUACCGACAUCUUUGCCACUAAUGUUAUCGCGAGAGACCCGUAUUCUGGUCGGUCGGUGCAGCUCAUUGAUAGGGUUGGAUGUCCCGUUGAUCCAGACGUAUUCCCAGAGUUGGACAAAGGUCGCAGCGGAGAUUCAUUGGAGGCAAGAUUCAAUGCUUUCAAGAUACCAGAGUCCAACUUUUUGGUAUUCGAAGCGACAGUGCGAACAUGUAGAGAUGGUUGUCAGCCGGCAUAUUGUCCAAGCCACACAGGUCGUUCCGAACCGUCGUUCGGUCGUCGUCGAAGGGACGUCAACUCUACUCUAAGUGCUGAUGGAAACAACACUGCCGAAUUGAAGUCAGAUGAGUCUUCCGAAUCCAGCUCAGACAAAUCCGAAGAAAAAGACGGUGGUGCUGUAUACAAGGUGUCGUAUGAAGAAACGAGCGUGGACAAAUAUCUGAAAGAUGAGGUGGAAACCCCUAGUCACGUCAGGAAGAUGAUUGAGGUAUUCGACAAUCGUAACGAACUGAUUGAAGAAAACGGCCCAUCGGAUUCGGCGCCUGUGAUCGCUGCCGCUGGCGUCUGCGUUUCACCUUACCACUACAGAGCGCUCUUGGUGGCGUUAUGUGUGCUGCUCUCAUUACUUCUGGUUAUGCUGACUGCAGGCUUAUACAUAUACAGACGAUACUGGAGAGUUCUACGUAAGAAUAUUCAGGCUUCGAGCCCAGCACCGGCACUGCGGCCUGUGACACCAGGACCAAGGCCCAACCGACCUUCUCUCUUCUCCGCAUCGCAUCUUCACAAACCUUUUUCACUGAGUGGUUUGGGACGAACGUUUAGCGAAGUCGGGGAAGAAUCCGGCUCAGCUGGACGACUAGCGAACGCUUUUGACGAUGGCAGCGAACCCAUAUACACCGACCCAUCCCUCUUCGAGAGGUCACGCUCACUGCGCUCUCUACACUCGCUCGACAUGAAGCCAGAUCGCCGCGACCACCGCACGUAAACAACGUGCAGCUAACUUAAAACUUCGAGUUAAGAUUUCGUAUUACUAAAUCACGCUAGAUCAAUUUAAAAUAUUUGUUCAAUUAAAACUUUUAACUGCCAUAAACAUGCUCAGUCUGUAUUCCGUCCAUUGAUCUGUAUACAAUAGCAUAUAAAAGUUUCUGAAAAUAACAAUUUGUACUUAAUUUUAAGUUGGUACUAAUAAAUAUUUACAGUCAAUAAGUUUGUUUAUUUUAAAAUUUGUCUUGAUUUGAAUAAGGUUUAUCAAUUAAAAAAAGAUUUUACUUGUAAAUAUGUGUAAUCAUUUAUUACUUAAUAUCAGAUGCGUCUCUAGCCCAUGUGGCGCCCGUGUGCAAAAUUAUCCUAGCGCCCCCUAGUAAGCGUGUGAUCACAAUGGAAUGGGUAAAAAGUACAAGUAAAAACACAUCAAUCAAACUGUCAAAGGAGAUUGCUCAGCUUUCAUACAUGUUUGAGUUUGGCCUAAAGACCAAUAACCAUGAAAAAUUGUUUCCUAGAUUCGAAAUAAUAAACAAAUUACUGUAGAAACGAACAUUAUUGACGGACACCCCUGAGAACUUCUAACCAUAAACCAUAUACACUGAACAUAUUAAAAUAAAAAAUGUGUGCGUGUACUAGUGUACACACGUAAGAAGUGAAACUUCUUUAUGGCCUUAUUUUUCGAAAAAUGAUCUACAUGCAACUUUCCAGAAAUUGGUUAAAUAAAGUUAAAUUAGAUAAAGUUUAAACAAAAGGAUUUUAUUAUUAUAGACAUGAAUACAAAUUACUGCCUAUGAAACUGUUAUGAUUACACGGCUCAGUAAUCUAAGGCACAUGUUCCACCUCCGACGAUGAACGAUAAGCGAGUAGAAACUAGAAACGAAUUGGCAGUCCUGAGUUAAAAUGCACGCGCACGGCUUUUGACAGCCAAGGCAGCUUAACCGAGCGAGUAUAGCUGAGCGAGAAUCGCUGAGCAAGUAUCGCUGGGCGAGUAUCGCUGAGCGAGUAACGCUAUGCGAGUUUGGCUGAGCGAGUCUUAUCUUUAAUAACUAUUGUCACUCAGCUACAAACGAGUAGAGAGAGUUCUCGCCGGCGACAGUGUGAUCAUUCAGCUAUCAACUAUUAAUAUAAAAAAAGAUGGCGCGUAACGGAAAAAUGUGACGCGUAACCGAAAAAUGUGACGGUAAAUUUUUUUCCAACGCCGAUAAAGAAGUUUCACUUCAAUAAAAAACAAAUAAGUUAUAUAGUAAACUAGGGAAAUCAAGCCAAGUACCGAAAUUAUGGAUUAGAUUCAGGUAUAUAGAGCAUGUAGAUUAACAGAUAGUUGCCUAUUUUUAAAGUUAAUGCAUAAGAGUAACUUUUAAAAUCAUGUGUCAUUUCCGGUUGUAAUAAGGUACACAGAAACUGUGUGAUAAUAAUUGUGAAUGAGCCACAGAUUAGAGAGAUUUUUUAAACUCUCGUUAACCAAAGAAAGCUAAGAGAUUUAGGUUCUAUAGCCAUAUAUUCAGUAGCUUCAUUAUUUUUGUUAUGUUUUUAAGAUAACCAUAUUUUAGAUUUUUAGUGUAUCACACCUUAUAAUUUUAUUUAUUUAUUAAUUUAUAGUCAGGGAAUGUAGGCCCAUAGCUCCCAUACCUUAAAGUCUAACAUAUAUACAGAUUAUAAUGUGUUUAUGGAGGUGUUUGGCGAAAAAUGUAUGGCAAUAGACUUUAUGAUGUCGCCUACCAUCUAUAAUAAUUGUCUGAGCACAUUUGCAUCUAGUGAAAAUGAUAAUAUAGUUGUGGAUAUUAAUACCACAGUGUAAUAAAAAAAACUGAUUUAUUUUAUCGAUCUUUAUAAAAUAGAUUUGUUUUCAUGUUAUUAAACAACUUUGAUUAGUCUUUGGCUGAAUGUUACUACACCCAUAGCCAUUUUUCCAAACGGGUAAAAUGAAAAGUCCUUUUUAAAGUAAAUAUAUUAUACAAAGGUGUCCGUUGAAAUGUAAUUAGUGUAAAUUAAAUUAUAAAUUACACCAAGAAUUACCGUAUAUGUCAAUAUUUUUUGUGCAUUUGGGCCAAUUUGAGCAAUAUCCUUUCAAAAAUGAAUAAUAACUUCUAUUGUUUGGAAAUUAAAUUUGAAGAAGAAAGUCAUACGGCCGUCGUGUGCGGCAAGUGGGACUUCGUUCGAGCGCCGUCGGCGCUCGGCGCCUCCUAGGACUUUGCGCCCGUGUGCAACGCACACCCUGCACCAUAGGUAAAGACGCCUCUGCUUAAUAUCUCUAGUCAACAAUAUAAUAUAAACAAAGUCACAUAUGAUAAGGAGCUGGAGUAGGCACACUCAUUAAUGGAGAGUCUAAGUACUCCAUUUCACUUGUACUUGGUACUGGCUCUGAUUGUGAAUUUAACUUUUGUUGUAAAGCUUCAUGUAAUUUAUGUACAGAUUCAUUGUGUUGUGUGCCUGGCUGUAAGGCUUUCAUUAGAGUUUGUAUUCUUGUCUCCGGAAGCUUAGGAUGAAUGUACCAAAGCAAUUUCAACAAAUGUCUUGUUACAUUAUCCUUGGAGAGGCCAGCAAAAAAGAACUCAUCGAAUAAAACUGUACUGAAGUCUUCACCUUGAAAUUCAUCAGGCAACUGAAUAAGUAGGGCAACCAAGGCAUGCAGGAAUGGAUCCUCAUAAGCUCUGCCAUCUUUGCAACUGCCUAGAAUGCUAAGGAUUCUAAGUAAGGCCCCUCGGUCUCUUAGUUUUGCUGCAUGAAGAGUGUAAUACAUGGCUAGAACACCACAAACUGAGCUUUCUCUCAUGUAAGCCUCACAGGCAUCUGGUGGUGGUCCCGAGUGUUCUAUAGUAGUUAUAGCAGAUUCUCUUUCAUCUGGGGGCAACUUAUUAUGCAAUGCUCGUACUUGAUCAUCCACCAUUAGGGACAUAAGAGCAGGUAAAUAUUUAGUCACUACUUGGCUGUCUAGUUUAGGUUCCUUAAACUCUUGUGAAUCAAUCAUUACCCAUGCACUCAGACCCAAUGCUAACAUUCUCAGUAAAAGUAUUAAUAUUGUGUUAUCCCUUGGAAGCCCUUCUGUGUUAAUCAAAUGUUGUAAAAUUUUAAUUGCUGAUGUAGCUAAAAAGUUAAUAGCAUAAGGGUCGCACAGGGUCAUUGAAAGAUCUCCAAGAACUUGUUCUUGUCCUCUUUUAAUACUGUCCAGGAAACCUUGCAGUUCUCUAGACCUUUUUAUAUCAACAUUUCGUUCUCUUAUACAUGCAUCUAAGCACCAAGUAAACUUAUGACAUGGAUCAACCGAUAUGAUAUCUUGGAUUUCCAGGUCAUGCAAGGCCAUCAAUAGCUCUGCUCUCAGUGUGCAGUAAUGUACAUUUCUAGUCCUUAAAAACAGAGUUCUUAGGAACUGCAAAACCAUGUCAUAUAACUUUACACUAUUUCCAAUCAUGUGAGCAAGUUUUUGAACCACAGUACCCUGUCUCCUCACUUUAGGGGACGGCGAAAAGAAAAGGUUUGUUAAGUUUUCAUGAUCAAACAGUAUGUUUUCUUUCUCUCUUAUGUAUUGACUUAAUAAUGGUGACACUUCAUCUCCAAAUAGUGAUUGAUUAUCUUGCCAGAUUUGUCUCUUCACUUCAGUAUCAGUGUCAUUGUAAAGUUCUCUGUCUCUAACUAAUACUUUAAGAUAUUUAUCAUCUAUAUGAGGUGUAUUCUUAAGGAUGCUCAUUAUUACUGGCCUUAAUGCCUUGACUCUGACAACGGCAAAACUCUUGGACAAGAGUUCCUUGAGUUUCUUGUCAUUCUCCUUGCUCUCUUUGGUGCCAAGUUCAUUUAUAUGUGCUAUCAAUUUAUCUCUUAGUUCUUCUAAAACUGAUGUAUGAAAAUCCAGUCUUCUUACCCCAUGGAGGUCUAACAAUGGCAACAUGGGUCUGAGCGACGGUAAUAAUAUACCAUUUUCAAGUUGGAAUUCUUCAAUAGCCUUCAAAGGAUCCGUACAGCUUGUCAGAGCGUCCCUUAAGUAAGUUUGGCCUGGUACGCCAACAUCUUCCAAGCCUGUACCGGGUAAUUUGCUCGAUGAUGCCAUUUUUAUUGCAGUCAAAUAUCACAAAGAAUAACACUUGAUAACAUGAGCAUUAAAUUGUAGGAGAUUGUAUAAAAAAUACUAUUAAACACACAGUUUUCUAUAAUUUACCAAAAUAAAACAGUUAAAUCCUGAUUUAAAAUACAAACAAAACGUAAUUUACUAUGCCUAAAACACCUUAACAGCACCACAAAGUCAACCUCCACAACACAACAUGACGCCAGCUGUCA